GUGGGUGUGGGUGUGGGUGUGGAUGUCGAUUUGUGGGGCUGUGUAUGUGAGUCUCUCUGUGUGUGUAUGUUUGUCAUAAAUUCUUCUCCAACAGAAAUUAUUAAAAGCUUUCACCAAAAAUUAUUAAAUUGUUCUAGUAUAAUGCUGCUAACUUUUUCAUGUUGCUGAAAGAUGAGUCUCUCUGCGCUUGUACGACUUGUUAGAUGAAGCAGGAAACAGAAUUCGAGAGGGGGAAAAGGAAAUUCCAAUCAAUUGUUCUAUGGCGGGUAUAAUCAUACUGUUAGUUUAUGGAUUUGUGGGAAUUUGGAAUAAAUAUGAAGGGACCGAGUGAACUGAUGAUAAGUCGGCUCUUGGGUUGACUUUUGAUUUGGGUAGAAAAGCGAAAAAUUAGACUUUUUUGUGCUGAAGACUUUUGAAUUUAUUCUUUGGCUAUUUGGCUAUUUGGUAUUUUUCGUUGUUAGAUUGGAGUUUUAGGUUGGAUAUUUUAGAUCCAUUUGUUGUUGGGUAUUUCUUAGUUUCAGUUGAAGAAACAAGAACUGAAUUAUCUUUUAUAUAUAUAUAGUGGUCUCUUUUUAUGAGAUUUGGUGUUAGAAUUUGGAGUUUCAGAUUGAUAAUUUCAAUUGGGUUUGCUUAGAAUAUGGUUCAAAAGCAGGAGGUGAAAGAUUGUUGUUUGAUGUUUACCCCUUUUUGCUGUAUCUUUCUUCUAUGGAGAGGGUUCCAAUAUGAUGGCUGAAGGGAGAGCUUUAUUGGAUGGAUUGAAAAUGAUCAAGCGUUAUGGUUUGGAAGUAUAUCAUAUUCUAAUUGAAUCAAAUUCACUUUCUUUGGUCAAUAUGGUUCGAGGCAGGGUAUGUUGUCCUUGGAGAUUAUGGUACUUGGUGCAGGAGAGAGAGAGAGAGAGAGAGAGAGAGAGAAAUCCUCCGACUUCCACUUGAGUUACCCAUCUUCGCUGGUCUGUUGCGGUUGCCACCUCGCUCUAACCUCUAUCCGUCGUGUCGCCACCGCCAUUUCUGGGCUAGAACUUGUUUCAAAAGGAGAAAUGGAAGAUGUGCUUACAGAUAUUCCCCCACCUUCAAGGUUCUUUAUGGAAGAUCUCAACAAUUUCACUCCUCCCUCACCUGCUCUGCCGUCUCCCUUCCUGCUGUUCUCUACUCCCAACCAUGGCAAACCUCUCUGCCCCUCUCUCCUCAUCUUUGCCUUGUCAUCUCCAUCUCUUUCCUUCUUCCACCAUGUGUCCUCAAAAACUCUAAUUGGAACCGUCAUCCUCCCUGAGAUUCCCUUCUCUGGCAACUCUGUUGAACCCUCUCUUAGAGACAAAUCCUGCAACAUUUAUGCUCUAAAUGAUAAUGAUAAACCAAUUAUGAUCGUUGCCGUCCAGUACCCGGUUGCUCCAGAGAGAUCUCAUGCUAUUGCCAAAUUGCUGAUUGGCGACCAGAUCAUACCAGAAAGGGUUUUGGUAUUGGAUUCUGUUCAAAGCUGUAACUUUCGGGGCAAGCUUUCGCCAGAUGAUACAUAUGCCUUCAAGCUAGAGACAUCAUUGGAAAGGAAAGGGUCAGUUGAUGGCCAUGGAGAUUCACCAAUGUUGAAUGAUUUAGACUACUUCCCAUCAGGAAGUGUGAUAGAUGCCCUGGCUGCUGCUCUAUUAGGUCGAUGUCAGAUGAAGAAGAUUAAGGGAACUCUUUGUGUUUCCUGGCCCGAAUUUGGUGGUCCAGUGACAUCAUUAGUGAAGUCUCUACUGCUCAAGGAUGUCGUACCUGGCUUAGAACAUAGCAUUGAUGAAAAAGGUGAAGAUGAGUGUCUUAGGUUUGGUCGAACCAAGAAUCACCACCUUGAUUCUGAGUUGUAUACCUGACACAAGAAGCUGUUCAUUUUGCUUUCAGAACUUCAGGUGCUCAUUGUCACUUCAUUUUUGUAGUACUUUACUGUUUACCUGUUGUGCUGAAUCCUCUCUCCCCCCCCCCCCCCCCCCCC